UGAAGUUUUGACUCAGUCAGUCUUAUUUAACAAGAAGUCAAAUUAAGUGGCAUAAUGUUGCAGAAUAUUAUUUGUAUAUUCCUAAUGUUGAGUGCCUUCACUUUCUUAUCUGAUGCAACUACACUUCCUCCAUCUAAUGAGACCAAUGUAAGAGCUGGACAGGGAAAGAUGAUAAAUGAUCUUGCUAAGGACUCUGAAUCUCAACUUAUCCGAGCGGAUAUCCAAUUUAUUAAAGCGAUGAUGGAACAGCAAACGAAGGAUAUAAAUGUUGUGGUAUCGGAUAAUCAAUGUAGAGCGGAGACCGAAAAACAGAAAAAAGAUAUAAUUGAUAGGGAAAAAGAAAUUCGAUCACUGAAAGCGGAUAUCCUAACUCUGAGAACGGAGUUGCAGCAAAAAAAUAAAGAUUUAAUUGAUAAGGAAACGAAUAUUCUGACUUUAAAUGCAGAGUUGGAAAACCAAAGGAAAAGUGUACUUGCCAAGGAGUCUAAUAUCCAAUUGCUUAAAAAUGAAAAUCAACUUCUUAGAACGGAGGAGGAGCGUAAUAGAAAGUUACUUCAACCACACAAUUGUACAGAAGCCAAGUCUAGUGGGAUUAAUGAAAUACUCCUCCCCAAAUUUAGUAGUCAACCUUUUAAAGUUGCCUGCGAUGCGGAAACCCAAGGAGGAGGUUGGACCAUUAUCCUGAGAAGGAUAGAUGGCAGUGUUAAUUUUCAUCGAAACUGGACGGAAUAUAACAAUGGAUUUGGUGAUCUGAAUGGCGAGUUCUUCAUUGGCUUGGACAAGAUUCAUGAAAUGACGGCAGAAAGAAAUCAAGAAUUACUUGUUCUUCUCGAGGACUUCGAGGGCAAUAAAACGUUUGAGAAAUACGAUGAAUUCGCAAUUGGAAACGAGGAUCAACAAUAUGAAUUACACACUUUGGGCAAAGCCAGUGGAACUGCAGGUAAUUCACUCUUAUAUCAUCAUGGCAGCAAAUUUUCUACAUUCGAUCGGGAUAUUGAUGGUGAAUCGGAUAUACACUGCGCCGAACAAAGUACUGGCGGCUGGUGGUACCGUUCCAACUAUUAUUGUCAAUCCUGCAAAUUGACGGGAACCUACGGAAACAACGAUUAUGACGAAGGCGUCACUUGGGACGAAUUUCGGGGACCUGAAUACUCCUUGAAGAAGGCCGUUAUGAUGAUUCGGCCAAGAAAGUGAAUUUAUUCUAUUAUGCUUUCAAAUUGGAAGAUAUCAUUUUUUCAUCACUGUCCAUUUUCCCUUAACUUUCACAAUUCAAAAAUUUGAAACUGUUAAACUUUGUCAAAUCUUAACCGAUUACCUUGGGGAAUGUCAGUUUAAUCUUGUUUUGACCUCUUAUUUGAUUCAGCAAUUAAAAUUUACAAAUAUAA